GCGUUUUGUGGGAGAAAAUCUUUGGAUCCAGAUCCGGAUUUCUUUUCUUGGAGUCAAAUUUUGUUACAUCUACGGGCGUCUUGAACAGAUCUGGAUUUCAUCUCCUUUUGUCUUUGUUCUUGCGAAAUUAGUUUUCAUUUCGUUCAUAUUCCUCUCUUUUAAGCAAGAAAUGGCGGGGAAAGGAGGCAAAGGGCUUUUGGCAGCGAAGACCACAGCGGCGAAUAAGGACAAGGACAAGGAUAAGGACAAGAAGCGGCCUGUUUCCCGUUCGUCCCGUGCCGGUAUCCAGUUUCCGGUGGGUCGGAUUCACAGGCAUCUGAAGACGAGGAUCUCGGCGAAUGGACGAGUUGGGGCCACUGCUGCUGUUUACUUGGCCUCAAUUCUCGAAUAUCUGACCGCCGAGGUUCUUGAGCUUGCCGGCAAUGCAAGCAAAGAUCUGAAGGUGAAGAGAAUCACACCAAGGCAUCUUCAGCUGGCCAUCAGAGGAGAUGAGGAGCUUGACACACUGAUCAAAGGUACCAUUGCUGGAGGAGGUGUCAUUCCUCACAUUCACAAGUCCCUCAUCAACAAGACCUCCAAGGACUGAUUGUCUGAUUGCUCCUUAUUGUCUCUGAAUUUAAAGGGCUGUUUUAACUUAGGAAACCUUAUUAUGUUUAUCAUGUCUGUGUGAUUAUAUCUCGUUUGCUUUUGUGAUAGAUGGCUAGGAUAGUUUACAUGCGUAAAUACAGUUUAUUGCCCUUUUGCACUGGUAUCUAUGUUUAGGAUUUAGCAACUUUGUUUAUUGGAUAGCGCUCUAAGUUUUAACUUUUGA